GGGGAUUGUUUUAGAGAAAUCAAAUUAUUCUAAAAUUACUUCAAGACCUGAACAACACUGUGUUCAAUUCCAAACCAAUUGUCCUCAAAAUGGGAGUUUAAAUGUCUGGUGGCUGGUGUCAGUGCCUGCAAUAUACAUUGAGAUACUUUGAUCUAAUAAGGCAUAUUCAGUGGUGAAGAACCUUUGUGUUGCUGUUGUCUUCCUUUGGCUGCUGGUCACUCUAAGUGGACAUCCAUCCUCAUGUUCCUAAAGUUAAUCCUGAGACACACAUCCAGUUUCAUUCACAGUUUAUAAUCAUCCCUAGUCUGUGAAAAUAAGGUAGGACUCUAAACUAAAAAUAAUUUGUCUGUUUAAAAAAGAUGCUUUUUAUUUUCCUCUCAGAAGUUCAGGAUAUUAUUCUCCUAUUGUAUAUUGUUCUGUCAGUCAAGGGAGAUGUUUUCCAAUAGACAUCCUAAGUAGCUGGAAAUAUUUUAAUAUUAGUUUGUUGUCACACAUAUCCAGUGUGAACGCAUUGCUUAUUCAAGAUUAGCUACUCUUGGCUAACUCUUUGUAUUCUUUCAUGAAUGAGAUUUCUAUUGAUCUGAUAGAAAUGUUGGAUCAGCUUCUCUGCUGCUACAAGAGGGAACUACAUUUCUACACAUUAUUACUCAUUCAUGGCAUUAUUCAGUUUAACCACGCACCAUGAACUGACAUUCAUACCAAUCCACAUGAGUUGUAACCAUGCCCCCCUCACAUCAGUAACUUGCAGGUAUGCACUUCUCCCACAUUCUUAAAUUUAUUGUUGUAGCCCAGUGUCACAAUUUAAUCCACAAGAGCAACUGAUGCCAUUAUAGCUAUUUACUCACUCCUGCCCUGGGGAAACGGGGAAAGAGAUUUGGAAGGGUAAAAGUGAGAAAAUGUUUCAUUAGAAAUAAAAUCAGUUUAAUAACUAGAAUUAAAUGACAUUAAAUUAAAUCUAAAGUAGUAGUAGCAGUUGUAGUAGUAGUAGUGGUGGUGGUGGUGGUAGUUGUAGUAGUAGUAGUAGUAGUAAUAAUAAUAAUAAUAAUAAUGGUUUGUAAUGAAAACGAAAAUAGCAAAGAGAUGGAAAUAAAGGCAAAUGAUGCAGAUUAAAACAAUUGCUCACCAUCAAUCCACUGAUGCCACACCAAUGCCUGAGCAGUGGAACUUCAGCCCUCUUGAUAGUGGAACCCUGGAAAAAGUUAAAGAUAGAAUCUAAAAUGUUAGGCUUUGUGCUUUCCCAGAUCAACUGCACCUGCGUAAGCAGUAUGAUAAAUUAUAUAAUUGUUAGACAUGAUGAUUGUUUAGUAAUUAAAUGUAAUUAUUAUAUAACCAUAAGAAGAAUAGUGAGAAACUAUGUUGGAAAUUCAGAGAGGGGCUAAAUUUAUGUAUACAAUAGAACAAUAUAAGUUUAAUCAUUAACAUGAAAGUUAUGUAACGAUAGAGUAUAAAAACAGGAUCAUUUCGGAUGUAUGGUCGGAGUCAGAUUUGGGUUGAAUAUACCCCUGACACCCAGAGCUCUUAAUAAAAAGCACUGUAUAUAAUCCCUCCAUGAUUAUGUGUUUUUGAACGCUAACAUUUUGGCGACCCCGGAUGGCGCCCUUGUGAGUGCUGCUGAGCGAGUUUGCGACUCGAUCACGCUCCAGCCGGCACCGAGGGAUUCUCGGGGAGCCCAUCGGCCGUGACCACUUCUACCGCUCACAAUGUCCCGGGGAGAAAGCUCACCUCCGGAGUAUCCUUGUGUGGAAUAGACCACUGACUCUCGAGAACCCAGUCCAUAACAUACAUCCGGGAGACGUGGUGUACAUCAAGAACUGGAACGAGGAACCGCUGAAAGAAAAGUGGAGUGGACGCCAUCAGGUACUAGUGCCCACCUUUACAGCAGUCAAAGUAGACGGUGUGGAACCCUGGAUCCACUUUACUCGAGUGAAGAAAGUCCAUCCUGGAUCACGGACUGUAUAAACUCUGGAAUGAACAAAGGCUGCAGAUAAGACAUGUUUAAUUGCUUUCAGAAUGCUAUCAGUAAUUGUGCUAACGUUAUGGUUAUUAAUAUCUUUGGGAUGUGGAAUGCAAAAUGAUCAACCAACCACUCUUCAUUCUAGAAUGAAGAGAGAGGUACAAACGGAAACACAGGUGACAAAGGUUUCUAAUGCAGUUCGGGCUGAGAAUGUAAUGAUCGGAUUAGUCAAAGAUUUUGCCAAAAUGCAAAACACCAGCCGAAUAACUGCCUGUCUGCCAGUACCAAAGGCAGCAGGAGACCCAGCAAAUUGGGGAAUCAUAACAUCAAAACUACCUGAAAUACAAAAGAACAAAACAAUUACAUGUAAACUGGUACCCGAAUCGAGGCAAGUUACAGAAACAACUCUGGUAUGGAAAUGUGAGGCCAAGGAUCAGAAAGAUGAGAUAGAACCUUGGGACAGUGCGUGGUCUGUGAGUAUUCUUCAAAGAUUCCAAUAUAUGGCAAACACCCCUUGGUGUGGGAAGUGGGAAGGCCCCGAGAAUGAAACAGAUCCAGCAAUAACGAACACUGACACUAGUAGCAGAACGAGGGCAGACAAAGUAAGUUGGUGGGCAUGUAAUAAAACUUACGACUGCACUUCAGAUGAUGAAGAGAUAAAACAGAUGCCAUCCCUGGCAAUAGCCCUACAAAUUGGUUGUGCGUGCAGAGGGAUCAAACAUAAACAAGGCAGAGUGAAUUAUAAAGUAAUUAUAGGGUUUACAAUCCGAGGUCCAGGACAAUUUGUAUGGGCAGCAAGUGAUGGUACCGGGACAACACAUCUGCCUAUAGACGGGAAAGUAAAGGAGAUUACUUUAGGCCUCCCAACCUUAUGUCCAGUUUGGAAAAAGUCCCCAUUUAAUGGAAAAUGUGAACUUCUGCAGGUAAGAGCAAGACGAGAAGUUCUAGACAAUGAAAAUCCAGAUGACACUUGGCAAGAACCCUCUGGUGGAGUGAAAUUUGGAUGGCCCCUAGAGUCAUUGCUUGGUCCUAUAGCAAACUAUCAGAGUAGAGAGAUGCUGUACAAACUUACAGGUCAGGUAGGUAGACUGGCAAGAGUCACCUGGGAAGGAUUUAAAGAAUUAAAUAUACAAUUACAAGCCACCACAAAAAUGACUUUACACAAUUGAUUGGCCCUAGAUUUGUUACUCCUGAAAGAGCAUGGAGUAAGUGGAUUUUUAAAGGGACAAGUUGAUCACUGCUGUGUUCAUAUCCCAAAUGUAACUGCAGAUGUAGAAUAUGACAUCAAUCAGUUGAAACAAAUAGAUCAUGAAGCACAAGAAGAGCAAAAGGAUUUGGCUACAAGCUGGUUAGGAAAAAUCUUUAAAGGAUUAGGGUGGAAUGUGAGUUCAUGGAUUAAAUCUAUCAUUGAGAGUGUGAUAAUCUUACUAAUUGUAUUCUUAGCAAUUUGGUUAGUUUACAGCAUCUUAAAGGGAGAGAUACAGAAGAAAACAUCCUGGAACCAGAGGAUAAUAAAGGCACUAACACAAGAUCCACGCCCACCAUCUUCUGGUUCUCCAGUUCGUAACAGCAUCCACGACAACGUUUACAUCAACCCUGUAUUUGAAGAACCAAGUACGAACUGAGGAAUAAAGGACUGUAUCAAGUGAAAACAUUUACACAUAUAGUGAAGUGAAAAUGCUUUCAAAGGGGGGAGAAUGAUAGUGGAACCCUGGAAAAAGUUAAAGAUAGAAUCUAAAAUGUUAGGCUUUGUGCUUUCCCAGAUCAACUGCACCUGCGUGAGCAGUAUGAUAAAUUAUAUAAUUGUUAGACAUGAUGAUUGUUUAGUAAUUAAAUGUAAUUACUAUAUAACCAUAAGAAGAAUAGUGAGAAACUAUGUUGGAAAUUCAGAGAGGGGCUAAAUUUAUGUAUGCAAUAGAACAAUAUAAGUUUAAUCAUUAACAUGAAAGUUAUGUAACGAUAGAGUAUAAAACAUGAUCAUUUCGGAUGUAUGGUCGGAGUCAGAUUUGGGUUGAAUAUACCCCGAU